ACUAAGCAUAUACAGCAGAAAUACCAUCAUGUACAGGAUGAUCUUGUAGCAAAUAAGGAAGCUGCUGUUUGGUAUGUCCCAACCAGAGACAUGGUAGCUGACAUCAUGACCAAGGCUCUUAUUCAUGAACAACAUUGGAAGUUCAUCAAGGCUAUGAGACUUCAAUUUUGCUUGAGUGGGAGU